GGUGAAGGCGGGCGUGUUUGGGCGGCGGGGAAACGGCUGUGUUGUGACUGGGAGGCGCCUGCUGGGUUGCGCAAUGCGUGUCCGUACCGGCCACUACUGCCCCCUUCUUUUCCACCACCACCACCACCACCUGCUGUCCCUGCUCCACCACCACCACCACCAGCACACGGGACUGUUGUGUGUUUGCUUCGCUCCGAGGCGGUGCCAGUAGUGUGUUUAUGUGCCAAGGUGGUGGUGUCUCCCGCUGGAACGCAGAUUGGAGCUGGAGCGUUUGUGUUUACUAUUGCUUACCUUUCUACCUAGAGUUUGGAAAUGUUCUUCAGGAAGUGAAAAUAGCCAUGGCAAUUAAUAUCUUUGAAGUGGUUUGUGAAUCGCCGCCUUAAGAAUGAUGAACAAUAGAAAAAUGUCAUCAUGCAUUGACUGAAGAGAAAAUAUUGCCCAUAUCAUGAAACGUAAGCCAAAAUUUUGUGCAAGAACCCAUACACUGCUACAGACAAUGGGCCCGUGACUUAGUGGUAGCUUUGCUGAACCGCGGCAACUUGUGAUGCAGCUGAAGCUAAAGGUAAAGAAAGCUUGUUGCAGUUUAUCUCUAAUUCCAUCUGUCAUCUUGCGCGGUUGAGGGUGUGUGGUGUGGGCAUUCACUUGUCUGGAAACCACCUCAGCCCUGCGCCGCUGUGCACGUGUGACCGACAUACAAGUAGGAAGAGAAAGUUUAUUUGGAUGUGUACCUGUGCAGUGUUACCAUAUCAUUAAUUUCUAAGUCAUUACGUUAAGUUGGUUUUGCGUGGGCCUCUUUAAUUCCUGAAGCGAAAACCUGCAAAGCAAAGGAAACUGCUUUACUAAAUACAGUGCUUAAGAAGGUCAUUUGCUAGUCUUCCACUUGAUUCCGGGUGAUCUGAAAGAAACAAAACAAAACAAAGUAAUCAAUACGUAAAUAAAACGAGAAAAUAUCUGUUUUGCGUACCGAGAGUCUGUGACGCAACACGCCCACACUAAAGGGACAGCACCGCCUCCUCCUCCUUCACCACCUCUGCUUCACUUCACCCUGCCAAGCCAGCUGACCUGACCUCGUCACUCAAGAUGAUGCAGAACAGAAUCCGUAAUGCUGGACAUGGCAGCAACAAUGAGGAUGUUGUUAAGAGUGGAUACCUCAAGAAACUCAAGACUAUGAAGAAGAAAUUUUUUGUCCUCCGUCGCGACAGUGGACCCGAUCACCCAGCUCGCCUUGAGUAUUAUGACAAUGAGAAGAAGUUCAUAUCAGGCACUCUACCAAAAAAACCAAUCAUUCUUAGUACAUGUCUCAGUAUCAAUCGUAAGGAGGAUCCAAAGCACAACCAUGUCAUCGCCCUGUACACAAAUCAUGACUCUUUGAGUGUGGCUGCAGAGUCUGAAUCAGAAAUGAUUGAGUGGUUGGAUUUUCUCAAGCACCAUGUGCGGCAAACAGUGAGUGGCACUGAAGGCCAGUCUAGAAAAAUGUAUGAGCAUGUAUGGCUAGUUGCUGUGCAGCAACGAAGUCUUGGGAGCAGCAAGGGUCUUACAGGAAAACAUCACUUCUGUCUCACCUACAAGUCUAUUGCACUUGUGAGAGUGGGAGACUGUCAAAAGAAGAUUGAAUUUCCGCUGAAUAGCAUCCGGCGAUGUGGCCAUACGGGAUCAUUCUUUUUCCUGGGCCUGGGGCGGUCAGCCGUCACCGGAGCGGGGGACAUAUGGAUGCUCACAGAAGAUGCUGUUAUAGCAGAAAACAUGCACAGUAUCAUAAAGAAGGCAAUGGAAGAUCCGUGUAACAAUAUUAAUGAAGAUCCAGUUUCCAGGGAGCGUACUAAGUCAAUGUCAAAUAAUCGUUCUUUUGAUGGUGGUGGUGGUGGAUCCUGCACGCGGGAACGGUGUGGAAGCAUGCCAUCUCGCAGCCGCACCAGCAGUGAGGGGUCAGUCCAGAAUGCUCCUAACAAGCUUCAGGCACACAUCUGCCCCCAUCAGAUGGACGGUUCCCUGUGUCCACACAUCACCAGGCCUCAGUCAAUGUACUCUCCCUCCCUGUCAUCGUCGUAUUCCCCGCCCUUUUCCUCUUUCUUGUUCAGUCCGGGUUCAAGUGAGUCUGUGGAGUCUAAUCCAUCUGUGGAUGACAUGGACGGUCUACCAAUUGGACUUGCCUAUGACUCUAACAGAGAGGGCCUUUACAGUGUUGAGGAAGGCAGCUACAUGCACAUGAAGGGAGGGAGUGUGGAGAGUGGUUCUGGUUUUCAUCCCCAUUCCCACCCACAUCCACCCUUCACCCUCCCCAUCAUGAGUUCCCGCAUUAUUGGACCUUCAUUAAGUAGAGGUCUUGUGUCGCCAGUGAGUGUGUGUGGAAGUGAAGGUCCAAAUUUAAAUUCACCUCAAGAUAACUAUAUGGACAUGGCCAGUCCCUCUGAGCGAAAGCACCUUGGAUUACAUGGGCUGUCAUUAGAUCAUAAUUAUAUGUGUAUGGACAGACAACAAUCACAAACUGAUGGAAGCUCAGGUCCUGAAAGCUCUGGAUACAUGUCCAUGGCACCACUCAAUUCUCCUGGAAAUGUUCAUCCAACCUGGCCAUCCUACUCAUCUAGUCAGGUUUCUUCUCCACCAAACUCAGUAAGUCACUCGCGGAUUCCCAGUCUAGUGGAUGAAAACACAGACAAUUACCUGCCCAUGAUGCCGCGGGGCCACGGUGGGGAACUUACCUAUGGGGACGUCAGUGCCAGAGACCGAUCAGAUGCGUACCUUGACAUGACACCCACGCCUGCUGUGCCCACCCCCAUUCCAUGCAGUCCAUCGGAAGAUGAUUCCUUCCCAGAGAUGUCCCCUGGCAGCAGCUGCUCCUUCACGUCUGGCACUCCUUCCUCCGACCACCGCUUUCCUGACUUCAUAGCAGAGAAAAGUGGUAGUGGCUCAUAUUAUGGUUGCUCUGAGGAUGAUGAUUCUUCAUUAGACAGACCAAUAAGGACCAAUUCUGUUGGUUCAAAACCAGAGCAGUACCGAAGCCGUAAGAAUAGACUGGAGGUGAGCCCAGCCGAACCUGCCCGUGUUCGAGCCUUCUCUGUGGGGUCACGUGUCAGCCUCAGGCUUGGGGGUGGCAGAGCUGGCCAGGUGACAAGUGGCACAAUAGGAGCCACAUCUGCUUCCAUCACCGAAUUUUCUCCUUCUAUUAAGGAGAAGGGAAAACAAGUUAAAAGCAAAUCAACAAGUGCCCCAAUCUUAGGGUCAUCACCAAUAUCAAACUCCUGGUCUGGGACACCUGGGACUUUCUUCCGAGGUUUUCUCCAAGCCCGAAGUCAAGAACGUAAUGAAGAUCUCAUGGAGUUUGAUUUUUCUAAGAACAAGAGUUGUGACAGUAUAUCCGCUGAAAAGGAAAAGAAGAGUAGUAGCUUUGAAAGCAUUAAAAGAACUCUAACUGGUCAGAGGCAUCGCUCCAACUCUAAAUCCUCAGGGAAUGGUAAAUCAUCUGUAUUUGAUUCCAUAAAACGGGACAAGAAAAAAUCAGAAAGCGAAUUGUCUAACAAGAGCAUUGACCUGUCAGAAAGGAAUCGUUUGUGUGAAGUUGAGAUCAAUCCAAGUCCCCAUAGGAAGACUUCCGAUUCCCUUGAUGGCUACCUCCCUAUGAAGCCUGCCAUCCCUUCUCAGUCUCUUUGUACCUCAGAAUAUGUUGACAUGAGUAGCAAAGAGUCUUUAAAUCGGCACUUUCCAGAAAGAUAUUUAGAAAUGUCUGGAGGAAAUGAUAGAUUAACUUGGUCUUCUUCUUCAGGAACACAUGAGGAAUAUGUAGAUAUGAGUCAAGGAAAGGGAUUGGGAUUACUUCCAAUCACUCCAAUCUCCUCGGGUUCCACAAAUACCAACAGCUCAUCUUCCGCUGGUGCUAGAGUCAGAAAGAUGUCGUCCACUCUAAAUCCCAACUUGUCUUCCCAACACAAUUCUCACAUGGACGAUUACAUGUCCAUAGACCUGCUUAACAAUCUUGAAGCUUCUCAUUCCUAUGAUGGAGAAAAGCAAAGAAAGAAAGAUAAGAGAAAUAUGAAAAGAAAGUCAUUUAAGGAUAGUUCAAGAAAAAAGAAAUCUGAGCCCAUUAGUGUAACAGGCAAGAGUGGUGAUAGUGAUGGAGCACAUGAAAUUGCUAAGAAAGGCACAAGCCCUUUGUCGUCAUUUUCCACUCUUUGGGGGCGGAAAAACUCCUCGGGCACCACACCUCCAAAGACGCCUCUCUCUCCUACUGGCAGCCCUUUGCCAAAGUCAACCCGAGGAACACCUAGUCCAUUUUCAAGUCUUACUCGAAACAAAAACCGGGACGACAGAGACAGUCAUAGAGAAAGUGGAAGUAAAGAAAAUGUUGGGGGAAUGACCUCUAGUGUCAGUUCAGGCAUUGGCACUAGUUGCAUCAAGGAAUCUAGCAGGGAGGCUGAGGAGAGUGCCAUAUCAGGUGAUGGCUCAGGCAUCACUGCAUCCUUACAAACAGUUCCUAGUGUUAAUGAACCAAUGAGUAAGCAAAAGGAUGGCAGCAGUAGUGGUUCUAAAAGGUCUUCAGGUAUAUUUGAAACUCCUCAAGGAGAUGUGAAGGAGGAUAAUCAGGCAGCUGCCACCACAGAAUUGCCUGGUCAGAAUGUGCCCAGUGUCAUACAACCAUCACAUUCUAGUAGUAAUGAUCAUGGGGCAUAUGUAAAUUUGGCACCAGGUUCUUGUGAGAAAAAUUUGACAGUAGAAAGCAGACAACGAAAAUUAUCUGAUAUCUCAGCAUCAUCAGAUUACAUGAAUAUAUCUCCAUUGGGCUCAAGCAAAUCCUCAGAGAGUGAUAUGCAUCAGUCCCGCGAAUACAUGAACAUGUGUCCUGGAGGGCAUCCCGAACCUGCUCAAGCUUCUACUUCUGUCACAGCUUCCCAGCCUCCUCCUACUCCUCCUACUCCUCCUCCUCCUCCUCCCAGUGGUAGUGAAGCAUCUCCCACAGGAAAGUGCCAUGACAUAGAAAAAAAUAAUCAAGAGAGCACCCCAAAGAGUGGAACCAGUGCCUUUAGGCAGCAGAGUGGAAAGGAUAGUAACAGGUUAAGUGUCGGCUGUACACCAGAAUCAGAUGGUAGCAAUGAAGAAAGUGGCUACUUGCUCAUGACUCCUGGACAGGCUGCACCAAAACCACUUUCUCCUCAAACAGUUACCCACAGGCCAGACAUUCCCCCAAGUCUUCUUGGUGACCAUUCAAAUUCAACGCUAACAGCCACCCUCGAACGACUUAAUUUAAACUCAGGAUCAAACAAUGGAACUGAACGGUGUCGGAGUCACAGUGGUCCCGGGGCUCCAGAAGGAAGUGCUGUCAGUAAUGAGGUGCGUGUCAAGAAGCAGCUGUCAGAGCCCAGGGCUGGUUCAAGUAGUGCAGGAACCAGUGAAAAAGCAGCUUCAGCUUGUUCCUCACCAGUGUCAUAUUCCCCGCCAACGUCACCAACGCUGGGUGGUUCUGUUUCCUCAGUGUCCUCCUUAAGUGAAGGGGGUCUCUCCUCAGCAUCAUCCACUUGUACUGUGGUUAACGUGGGUGUGACCCGAAGGGAAGGGGGAUCUGGUGGAGCAAACAAGGUUCAGGAGACAUCAGGAGAUUCAACAGUGCAUUCCACUGCUCCUGCUGCAUCCAGUCAGCAGUCUCUAAGUGCUGUUGGUAGUGGUAGUAAAGAUAGUGGGCUUAAUUAUGUGUCAUUGGACCUUGGUCCUACUAAAAGUGUGGGUGUGAGGCCCUCUCCUCGAACUGCCCAUCGAGCUGUGAGUGGGACCCCUACUCCAAGCACGACCACUCAGGAGCCAGUAGCAGAAGAUGAAGAUGAACGUCUCAGUUAUGCUCAAAUAGAUUUCACGAAGAGCGAGGGUUUACGAACCACCUCUCUCUCCCGUGACCAUCGACACUAACACAUUCAUUCUCCUUCCUGUACAUUAGGUCAGAGUGAUUUUUUAUUUUCCUGGCACAUGAAGUUUGUGUACUGUGGCUUAUAAGCUCAUUUUAAAUGUUAUUGAUCUGUGAAAUUGCCUUCAUUGUGCACACUGACUUAAAAGUUUCUGUAUAAUCUGUGAGGGUCAUUUUGAAUAUUUGAAGUAAUAUUUGGUAGUGCUCACUUUUGAAUAUUUGAAAUUUAUACCAUUUCCUAAGAGUUGUUAUUUGUUUACUGCAGCUGCAAUAUACUUAGUCAUAAUUUGAUGUUUACUGUG